CAGGGCCUGCGGGUGACAGCAAAGCGCCGCCGACCGUUAACACUACCACAAAACACAACAGUAGAAGAAGAAGCACCGCUAAUGGUAGGAAAAUACAAGGGAAUGGGUCUACCUGAAACCUGCUGACCUUCAGUGGCGAUUGGCCGCCCCUAGCCAUCUGUCAACAUGCAAGGAUUCUACUCCAAGCUCGACUCGUCCCCUUCCUCGUCCCCGUUGUUGGGGGUGGGCCUCGGGGGGGAGGGCGCUCCCGUACCUCUCAGCCUGGCUGUGGAGACGGAGAAAGCUCAGGCCCUCCUACAGACAUUCAGCUCCGCCUCUCUGCUGGCGUCGGCGGGACUCGGUAUGUUCUGCGUGGUGGCGGACCACACCCUCCAGCUGUCAGUCAUCCAGCAUCACCUGUGGCUCCGCGCCGCCUUGGACAACGCCACGCACGGAUUGGUGGGGCUGUGGUCGUGGGCGGUUGUUAUUGGACUGAGGAAAAAGAGUGAUCUGUAUGAGGUGCUGCUGGCAGGUCUUCUGGCAUCAAUCAUAGACCUGGAUCACUUCUACAUGGCCGGAUCCCUGUCUCUCAAGGCUGCUGUAUCUCUCCCUCAGCGUCCUCCUCUUCACUGCUCCUCUCUCAUCCCCGUCCUCUGCCUCUCCCUCCGCUUCCUCAUGUGGAUCGGACGCCUCAAAGAUGCUUGGUGCUCCCUGCCGUGGAUGCUUUUCAUCUCCAUGGCAACGCACCACGUCCGGGAUGCCGUACGCCACGGUCUGUGGGUGUGCCCCUUCGGCAACACGGCGCCGCUCCCCUACUGGCUGUACGUCAGCACCACGGCGACGCUCCCGCACCUGUGUUCAGUGCUCAUGUAUCUAACAGGAACCAGAGAUGUGAUCUCCACCAAACACGGAGUGGCCAUAGAUGUUUAGAGGUCACUGACUCGCUGACCCGGAGAACUGCCUCUGAGCUGAAACGUUUUAAGCUGUUUGAAACUUUUAGAUACUUGAAAUUACUGGACAUUUGCGACACUUGAGGCAUGUUAAAAGCAGAACUGGCACUUGAAAGAUGAACUAAGGACGAGGAAAACGUCUCCAUAUAUUAAAGGAGAACAAAAACAUAUAAUACUAAAUAUACAUACUAAACAUUUGGGUUGGAAACGUCUGUAAAAUAACAAAAAUUAGCUUUUCAGAUAAAAAGAAGGAUCAAAAAACGAGUGCCGAACAUGGAUUUCUUUCUUUCAGAUCUUUUUAUUUUUUUGUUAACUUAUGUGGAGAGCGAUGCUUAGCUUAAACAGAGAGCGUUUUGGGAGUGUCCCUUUAAAGCUUCGACAUAUCGUUUGCCCGGAGACUUGAUCUCCACCAAUCACAGAAGCGUUCACAUCAGUUCUUAGCCCUUGAACUAGUCAUCACUUGAACUAUCACCAUCCGCCCACAGCAGAAAGAAAGAAAGAAUGAAUCGACAAGAGGAUUUUAUAUUCUAACGUCAGAUUAGUGGGUGUAUAAGGUCAUAAGUGACCUUGAUUUAUUGUACACCAAACAAAAGAUAAGGCUGAAGUUUUAAACAUUCAAGGGAAUCAGUUUUUUUCCAGUAGUGUGUUCAUAACCACUAUCUUCAGUACAUGUUCAUAUUUAAAGAAAUAUAAAAAAAAAAAAAGUAACUGCUGCAUUAACUUGCUACACUAUAUAUUGUUCCACUGCUGUUUUUUUUAUGAUGCUACUGUACUGAAAAUGACACUGUACUGUACAGUCCACAUGCUGAAACUCUCAGUUGUCAUUUUAAUAGUGAAACUGUGUUUUGAGGAAGAACGGUCGAUACUACAGUAAUACUGUAGUAUCAUCCACAUUGACACAUUUAGAGAUGAACACAUUCCUCAGCGGUAUUGUUUACUGCGUUGUAAAUGAUGCUCAAUAAUAAUAAUAAUAAUAAUAAUAAUAAUAAUAAUAAUAUGUUGUGAUAGAGAGGAUCGACUGGGUUUUAGAGACUUGUGUUAUUUGAAUGUAAUCCACAUGUUUUCAGUAUAAAAGGGAUCUGGUGCGUUCAGGUGGUGGACAGAGCUCCGUUAAACAUCAGCCACAGCAAAUAUGACGGUUUUGUGGGUUUUUUUGUUCAUUUUUUUUUUUUUUUUGGUCACUCUUGUGAAGCAGUUGGUGAAGUCGGUAAAGUAGUAGUAGUAAGACCCGUCGUCCACUAGGUGGCUGCAGGGAGCCGUAGUGAUUCAUAAAUAGUUUCACUUUUGAUAAUUAGCUUCUUUUUUUUUUUUUUUUCUAUGGAGUGGAGAUUAGUGAGGAAUCACUGCGUAAGAGAGUCAGAAUUUUGAGAGGAAACAGAGGCUAAAAAUAGAAAGGAGAGAAGAUGAAGAAAGUCAGUUUGGUACAAAUCAGGUCCUAAAGUUUGAGAGUUGCACACUGUGUUAGAAUUAAAAAAAAAGAAAAAAAAAGUCCUGGUGUAAAUGACUUUAAUUUAAAAAAGUAUUGUUUUGUUUUUUGUGCUUUGCUGCUAUUGCACUAUCCUGUGUACUUCAGUUAUUCAGGAAAUAUUUCCUUUUAUCUUUUGGAAGCUACAAAGAAUAGUUUGGAAACAUUUUUUAUUAGAAAAUGAUUGAUUAGGUUGGAAUUCUACUUAAAACUCAUAAGAUGGCCGCCACUCCUGGUCCCAUUUUAUUUUCUCCCUCUCUUACUGCUGCUUAUGUUUACAAUGUGAACGUAAUUUUCAAUUUUGCACAUUGAGUUUUUUUUAUGUUUGAAUUUAUGUUUUGUAUUUGUUAUGUUUCUUUUUUUAUGGCAAAGUUUUGUUUUUAAUAGUAAAGUAUAAAUAGUAAGGACAUAGUUUCAAUGUAGUGUUCUUUUUAUCUCAAUAAAACAACCUACAUCCUCA